AUGGCGAGCAGUACGCCGAAUAAGUUGGCGUUCCUGUCUAUGCAGGCGCCAGCAGGCUACGUUGCAGGUCUAGGUCGUGGUGCAACUGGCUUUACAACACGGUCUGACAUUGGUCCUGCUCGCGAAGGCCCAUCUUCCGAAGUUAUUGCCGCUGCACGAGCGCGACGUGGCGAGGACGACGACGACGAUAAUGAGAGGUUUCAAGACCCUGAGGAGGAGACAGCGCUUUUUGCCACUUCUGUAUAUGAAAAGGAUGAUGAAGAGGCUGACAAGAUUUGGGAAAAUGUGGAUCGGCACAUGGACGAGCGCCGCCGGAAACAGCGCGAAGCGCGAGAGGCCGAGGAGCGCGAAGCAUUGCGACAGUCGCAGCCCAAAAUCCAGGCACAGUUUGCGGACCUGAAGCGCAACCUGUCGACAGUGAGCGAGGAAGAGUGGGCAUCGCUGCCGGAGCCGGGUAACCUGACCGGCAAGCGGCGCAAAGCGGCAUCGCUGCGCGAGGGGCGCGAUAACCGCACGUAUGCGAUGCCUGACAGUGUGAUUAUGUCUGCACGCAACCAGAAUGAGAUGCAGACCACGGCUGCUGACGCAGACGGCACAGUCAGCUCGCUUACAGAGAUUGGCGAGGCGCGAAAUAAGGUGUUUUCGCACCAGCUCGACCAGGCAUCAUCGCAAAGUGCGAUUGCGGCGUCGGGUCUCUCUUCGACCAUCGACCCGAAAGGCUAUUUGACUGAGUUAUCGGGUGUAUCUGUCAAGUCGAGUGCAGAGAUUGGCGAUAUCAAGAAAGCCCGCAGCCUGUUGGACUCGGUUAUCCGAACGAACCCGAAGCACGCACCCGGCUGGAUCGCAGCAGCGCGACUAGAGGAGGUUGCAGGAAAGAUGGCGGUAGCCCGUAAAGUGAUUGCACAGGGGUGCGAGCAGUGCCCGAGGAGCGAAGAUGUGUGGCUCGAGAGUGCGCGGCUCAACACGGUCGAACACGCCAAGGUCAUCCUAGCCCGUGCCAUCCAGCACCUGAGCCAAUCAGUCAGCAUCUGGCUCAAAGCCAUGGAGCUAGAGCGCGAUGUUGAAAGCAAGAAGCGUGUGCUGCGGAAGGCACUUGAGCAUAUCCCCCACUCAGUGAAGCUGUGGAAGGAGCUGGUAAACUUGGAAGAAAGCCCACAGGAUGCUCGAGUGCUUCUAGCCGGCGCCGUCGAGGCAGUGCCACUAAGCGUAGAGCUUUGGCUCGCGCUCGCGCGGCUUUCGGUCCCGGCGGAGGCAAAGAGCGUUCUGAAUCGUGCUCGGCGCACCAUCCCCACUUCGCAUGAGAUUUGGAUCGCUGCUGCGCGACUGCUUGAGGAAGACAAGGAAGAGGGCACUGCAAACCGUGUGGAUCGCACAAUGGCCGCUGCGGUAGCCUCUCUUUCCAAGGCGGGAGCGGUGCUCAGCCGCGACCAGUGGCUGCGCGAGGCCGAACAGGCCGACAAGGAGGGCAGCCCUCAGACGUGUGCGGCCAUUGUCAAGGCUACAAUCCACCUGGACCUCGAUGCAGAGGACCGGCGGCGCGUGUGGGCCGAGGACGCCCAAGCGUGUGUCGAGCAUGGGCGCAUCGCUACAGGCCGGGCUAUCCUGCAGUGUGCGCUGGACGAGUUUCCUGACGCGCUCGAAAUCUGGCGGCAGGCCGCCACCCUCGAGCGUGUGCAUGGAACGAGUGCCUCGUUACAGGCAUUGCUUGAGCGCGGCGUACAGCAUUGCCCUCAUGCCGAGUCGCUCUGGCUACUGUAUGCAGACGAUCUGCAGAGGAUCGAUGAUGUGGAUGGCGCGCGUACCGUGCUCAGCCGUGCUUUCGAUGCAAACAUUGGCUCUGAAACUAUCUCGCUCGCUGCUGCAAAGUUGGAGGCAGAUGUGGGCGAGUUGGACCGUGCUGGCGCCCUGCUUGCUCGUGCGCGCACCGAUGUGCCCACCGAACGUGUGUGGGCCACAAGCAUUGAGCUGUACUGGCGGCAAAAGCUGUGGGACGAGGCGCUGCGUCUAUGCCUGCAGGCAUUACAACUAUUCCCGAAAUCUGCCGCACUACAUAUUAUGCAUGGUCGGUUGUAUGAAGCCCAAGCGCAAGUGUCACAGGCGCGCGAGGCCUAUGCGACCGGCCGCCAGGCGUGCGCGAACCAUACACAGCUCUGGGUGCUGGCCAGCCGGCUGGAGGAGUCUGUGCAGGCAUCGAUUCGCGCACGUGCGCUGCUUGAGAAGGGGCGCCAAGCGCUCGGCACCAGCGACGUGCUGUGGGCUGAAUCUGCCGCGGUCGAGUUGCGGACAGGCAACACAGUGCAGGCCAAGACACUCCUGAGCCGUGGCUUACAAGCAUGCCCAACAAGCGGCCUGCUCAUGAGUGCGUCCAUAUGGCUCGAGCCGCGCCCGUCACGCAAGACUCGUGCGGCCGAGGCGCUGCGUCGUUCCGGUGAUAGCCCUUACGUUAUCUGCACAGUGGCGCGCCUCUUCUGGGACGACGGAAAGCACGUACAGGCACGCGACUGGUUCGCGAAAACGGUGCAGGCGGCGCGCAUGUGGGGCGACGGAUGGGCAUGGUGGUACGCAUUCGAAGAGACACAGGCGGAUGGUGAAGCGCAGCGCCCCCAACUGCUUGAGAAAAUCGACAAGGUCCAGCCGAAGGAAGGGGACGUGUGGGAGACGCUGCGCGCGAUGCCCGAGCAUGCGAGCAAGCCCGCAAGUACGCUUCUCCCACUCGCUGCACGCGAGGUAAUGGCACGCACGACGGCUACCUAG